UGCUGUUCCUGCUGCUGCUCCGGCUCCUCCAUCCCCGGCCGGGGCCCGGGGUCCGGCCCGGGGUCCGGUUGUCAUGGCGACCCCCAACAACCUGCCUCCCACCCAGUGCAGCUGGUGGCCCAUUUCGGGUGUGGACCUGUCGGCGGGCCGAGGGCCGGAGCCCCCCGAGCCCCCGGACGCCGGGCCGGGGCCCGGGCCCGGGCCGGGGCCUGGGCCGGGGUCCGCCCUGCGCCCCCACGACGGGCUGGUGCUCUACCACUGGACGCAGUCCUUCAGCUCCCAAAAGGUUCGGCUGGUCAUCGCCGAGAAGGGGCUUCCGUGCGAGGAGCGGGAUGUCAGCCUGCCCCUGAGCGAACACAAGGAGCCCUGGUUCAUGCGGCUGAACCUGGGGGAAGAGGUCCCCGUCAUCAUCCACCGCGACAGCAUCAUCAGCGACUACAACCAGAUCAUCGACUACCUUGAGCGGACCUUCGCCGGGGACCCCGUGGCCCAGCUGAUCCCCGAGGCGGGUAACCCGCUCCACGCCCGAGUCCUGCAAUAUCGAGACCUGCUGGACUCCCUGCCCAUGGACGCUUAUACCCACGGCUGCAUCCUGCACCCGGAGCUCACCACGGACUCCAUGAUCCCCAAGUACGCCACCGCCGAGAUCCGCAGGCACUUAGCUAAUGCCACCACAGACCUGAUGAAGCUGGAUCACGAAGAGGAGCCCCCGUUGUCAGAGCCGUACCUCUCCAAACAGAAAAAACUCAUGGCCAAGAUUCUGGAGCACGACAACGUGAACUAUCUGAAGAAGAUCCUGGGCGAGUUGUCUAUGGUGCUGGACCAGAUCGAGGCCGAGCUGGAGAAGAGGAAGCUGGAGUAUCAGGGACAGAAGUGCGAGCCGUGGCUGUGCGGGCGCCCGUUCACCCUGGCUGACGUCCUGCUGGGAGCCACCCUGCACCGCCUCAAGUUCCUGGGUCUGUCCAAAAAGUACUGGGAGGACGGCAGCCGGCCCAACCUCAAGGCCUUCUUCGACCGGGUCCAGAGGCGCCCCGCCUUCCGCAGGGCCCUGGGGGACAUUCACACCACCCUGCUCUCCGCCGUCAUCCCCAACGCCUUCCGGCUGGUCAAGCGCAAACCGCCCUCCUUCUUCGGGGCCUCCUUCCUCAUGGGCUCCCUGGGCGGGAUGGGCUACUUCGCUUACUGGUACCUCAAGAAAAAGUACAUCUAGAGGCAGAUGGCGGGGGCAGCUGGGGUGGGAGGCGGGCACCUCGCCGGCCCCCGGCCGGUGGGCCUUCGGUCUCACGAAAACCUCCCGGGGAAUGACCGACCCCGAUGGGAGUUAUUAUUGUCCGUGUGAAAACAUUCCAUAGUCUAGAAGUAGAAGCGCCGCGGCCCAGAGCCGGGCUGACGACGCCGUCAAUUAAACCCGUAACAAAAAUGCCUUUUCCUUUGACUUUAGGUUUCCACGCUGAAUCGUGGCGACCGGGCCGGUGUCCUCUGCCGGCGGGUCCGGGGCCGGAGUGGUUCUGGUGGCUGGGAGGUAGCCCGAACUCUGGCUUUCCCUCGCCCCCAGGGAACGCUUCCGAGCCACUGAGCAGACUCGCUCUUUCGCCCCUUUGGGGGCUCGGAGACCGCGGCCGGGAGUCCCCCGAGGGGAGGUGGGACUUUCUCCUUCUGAGCUUAGCAUUGCUCCUUGGGCCGUGGAGGGGGACGAGCCCGGGCCCGGGGGCUUCAGGGAGAGAGGCCCCCCCGGCCCCAACCUGGCCCGCGGCCCUCCUCUGGCCCAGUCCCGGCCCCACUCGGGGUCGACAUCGAGAACGCGUCCUCUCAUUUUUCUAUUGCUUUCAUUAAAGUUGAUAUUUUUUA